ACUUACGUUAUCGAUGGUGAAAUCGCGCGGCAUCUGUCCACGUCAGUUCGCCACGGUUUUGCCGACGAAACGUGGAUCCGUGGAACGGCGGUUCGCUCGAAACCUCGUGGUGGUCGAUGAGGGAAACGUUCACGCAGAUGACAAGCCACCUGGACAUUUCCUAGCGUAAACAAGCGUAACGAGAUGCAUUGGACACUGUGCGCGUUGAUAAUCGGAUCGUUUGGAUGCAAAUACAUCCUCGGUCAGGCGCAAAGGGUCGCGCCAGGUGUUCCGCCUCAGCAUUACCAGCAGCCUGUUCAAGUACCACAACAUGCGCAGCAAGUACCACAGCAACAAUAUCAAGUACCAGCGCAGCAACAGAUUCCUGUUCAGCAAGUACCGAUGCAGCAAGUACCUAUGCAACAACAAGUACCUGUGCAGCAGCAAGUACCCGUGCAACACCAAGUGCCUGUGCAGCAACAAGUGCCUGUACAACAACAGGUACCUGUACAGCCUGGUCAUCAACCUCAUGGGCAUGGUCAUGGGUCGCCGCAGAUACUUAACGCUGGCAAUAUAGCGCAUGAAAAAGAUCAUAUUGCCGAACAUGCCGAAAUUCCAAUAGAUACCAGCAAAAUGACAGAUCAAGAAUUGCAGUUUCACUAUUUCAAAAUGCAUGAUGCAGAUAACAAUAACAAGUUAGACGGCUGUGAGCUGAUCAAAUCUCUAAUACAUUGGCAUGAACAAGGCAGCCCGGAUUCUGGUGCGCAAGGUAAUAAACUGUUCAAAGAUGAAGAACUAGUGCAAUUGAUAGACCCUAUACUUAGCAUGGAUGAUGCUAACAACGACGGUUAUAUCGAUUAUCCUGAAUUUAUUCGGGCCCAACAGAAUGCUGCAGCUAGUGCGCGUACACAGUAGUGAAACAAAAUUUAGUAUGAACUGCGAUUGAAACAAGGAUUGUGAGAACGAUACAUGAUAGAAAAAUCUUUUAUUAUGGAGGUUUUAUGAUGCAUUGUUGACAUUGUGUCAUUUAUCUCAUAUGCAUAAUGAAGUAAAAUUGAUACUUGUGAUAAUUCUUUAUCAACUUAAUUGUGAGUUUUGAGUAAGAAAAAUAAGGCAAUGAACAAGACGAAAUUCUUUCUUUUAUAUUUAGUAUUACACACGCAUAAACGCAAUAUACUUGAAUAAUCGUAUGAUUCAAGUUAAUUUUGUUAAAAAAAAUCAGAAAUUCAGAAUAUAUAAAAUUUUUCCUUAUUAUAUUUAAUAAGAUUAGUUUUACAAUGUAUUUAUCACAUAUUGUUUAAGAUUGUCAUAAUAUGUUAUUAAACUGAGUUUUUUGAUACAACAGAACUUAGUUUUAAAUGAGGAUAUUUUAUAAAAGAUCAUGCAUUGUUAAAUAAAGUAUCCAUUUACUAGU